CUUCUCGGGGUCUGCAUACACCCUGCGCAGCCUGGACCCGAGCGGAGCCUCUCCGGGGCCCGGCCGCGCCCGGUCCCGAGAGGUACCAUGAUGUGGGGUGCAGGCAGCGCCCUGGCCUGGCUCUCUGCUGGCCCAGGAAACAUGAACAUGAGCAGCGUGGGCUCAGCAGAGGGGCCUACAGGCCCAGCCACACCACUGCCCUCACCUAGGGCCUGGGACGUAGUGCUGUGCAUCUCAGGUACCCUUGUGUCCUGUGAGAACGCGCUGGUGGUGGCCAUCAUCGUGGGCACUCCCGCCUUCCGCGCCCCCAUGUUCCUGCUGGUGGGCAGCCUGGCUGUGGCAGACCUGCUGGCAGGCCUGGGUCUGGUCAUGCACUUUGCUGCUGUCUUCUGCAUUGGCUCGGCGGAGAUGAGCCUGGUGCUGGUCGGCAUGCUGGCCAUGGCCUUUACUGCCAGCAUUGGCAGCCUACUGGCCAUCACCGUUGAUCGCUACCUUUCUCUGUACAAUGCCCUCACCUACUACUCAGAGACGACAGUGACGCGGACCUAUGUGAUGCUGGCCCUAGUGUGGGGAUGCUCAUUGGGCCUGGGGCUGCUGCCUGUGCUGGCCUGGAACUGCCUGGAUGCCCGGGCCACGUGUGGCGUGGUAUAUCCGCUCUCCAAGAACCAUCUGGUGGUCCUGGCCGUUGCUUUCUUCAUGGUGUUUGGCAUCAUGCUGCAGCUCUAUGCCCAGAUCUGUCGCAUCGUCUGCCGCCAUGCCCAGCAGAUUGCCCUCCAGCGGCACCUGCUGCCUGCCUCCCACUACGUGGCCACCCGAAAGGGCAUUGCCACCUUGGCCGUGGUGCUUGGCGCCUUUGCCGCCUGCUGGCUGCCCUUCACCGUCUACUGCCUGUUGGGCGAUGCCCACUCCCCACCCCUCUACACCUAUCUCACCCUGCUCCCUGCCACCUACAACUCCAUGAUCAACCCCAUCAUCUAUGCCUUCCGCAACCAGGAUGUGCAGAAGGUGCUGUGGGCUGUCUGCUGCUGCUGUUCCUCUUCCAAGAUCCCCUUCCGAUCUCGUUCCCCCAGUGAUGUCUAG